GCGGCGGGGAAGGGGCGAGGGCUGGCUGCCGCAGGGCUGCCCCCGCGGGCGACCCGCGCCCCUUGCGUGGGCGGGAGCGAGCGCGGGGCCGUGGGUGCUGGGUGCGGCGUGUGCGCGCCUCGCCUCGCCUCGCCUCAGCCGGGAGCCGAGCCCCGCGGCGGCGGGAGCGGGACUUCACCUCCGGGCUCCGGCGAGCUGCGGAGUUUUGGCCGCCGCAGCCCUCAGCUGCCGCCGCGGCGGGGAUGCUGCUGCUCGCACGUAUUUUUCUUCACCUGCCCGAGGUUCCUGGUAGUUUGAAAUAAAUAUACACAGCUAUUUUGUGGCUCCAAACUACAAUUAUGCUGGGAAGUUGAUUCUGAAGCUGCUUGUGCAUGCAGUGUGAAAGCCUGCAGUGUGCCAGCGAGCAUCAGCCAGGACACAAGUGCAUUCAGUACCGAGGAAGAUGACUGACUCCCUUGAGGAAGAAACAAAGAAGAAACCUUUGUUCCUUGCAUAGCUGGAAGGCAAAGCAAUACAAUCUUGACACGCGGUUAACUUAAAGAAGCAUUUUUCAAAAUACCUCUUGACUGUGUGCAUCUUGUAACUGACACAAACGUGCCUUUGGACUUGUGCAAAUAAAUCAUUGGAAGACUUGAUUGGGCAAAGCAGUUAUUGAAAGAGUGGCUCUUGGAGAAUCAUGACGAAGCACCUGGAGAUCAUCAAUUUGUCAUUUUUGUUAGAACAUGAAAGGGAAACAAUAUUGGGAGUAUUGAAGAGAGAUGAGUAUCUGAAGAAAGUAGAAGAUAAAAGGAUAAGGAAAUUAAAGAAUGAGCUUCUGGAAGUGAGAAGAAAAGGUGGAAACCGUCACUGUCAACAGGACAACAGCAGGGUCUGUGUUCGCUGUCAGAAAAGCCUGGGCUUAAUCUUUGACAGAGGAGACCUGUGUCAAGCCUGCAAACUUCGAGUUUGCAAUAAAUGUCGUGUAGUGGGAACUGAUGGACAGUGGAAGUGCUCGGUGUGUGCCAAGAUUGCACAGCUACGGAUAGUGACAGGGGAAUGGUUUUUUGAAGAAAGAGCAAAGCGCUUCAAACAAUCACAUCUUCUUGGUACUGAUGUUGUCAGACAGUCUAUCCUACGCAAAUUCCCAGAUACGGUUUCCAGUAAGGAUGAAGGAAGAGCCUUUAAAGAAGAGAAUGAAGAAAAAAAGCCAGAUGUACCUGUUUCUUCCACAAAUGGGCAUAAAUCAAUCUUCAGUGGACCUAGAAAGUUAGGGAAAGUAAUUAGAGCAGUUGCCAAAGGAGAAAUUACAAAUGCAAAAGAUGAAGGUGAAAGGAACACAGGCUCAGAAGCUGAAACCCGAAGUCUGCGCAGUGGCAAGUCAACGCCUUGCUCUGAGAGAGGGAGCACUCUUUCGCUGAACAGCAGUGAUGCAGAGGCCGCUGCAGGCCAUCUGAAAGGGGCCACGGGUCCUGUGAGCCGAGGCAAUGUUUCCAUACCUUCCCUCCCGCGGUCUCCGGCGCUCAGCGUGCGCAGCAUGACUGCCGAUUACAGCAGGGUCACUGGCUUAGAAAAUAGCAUGAUUAUUCCAGCAAGUGAAAGUGUACCUGAAGAUUUAAUAAAGAAGCACUCUAGGAAAGCAUCUGGAACACCUUCUAUUGCGGUUUCUAGGGUAUCUUUGUCAUCAGAUCGUAGCCGAUCUGAGAUAGAUUUGAGUGAAUCUUUCUCUGAAGGAAAUGAGGAUACUUUGAGUAUAAGAAGCAAAUCUGUUCCUAGUGCCUUAGAUCAGGAACUGGAUUAUAUGGAUGAAACAGAAGAAGAUAUUGAUGACGUAGUGGCCUCUCGUUAUUCAAGGCAACGUGGACAUUUGACAAGUGGAUUAUUAACAAACUCCCCAGAAGGCUCUGACAGAAAAUGGACGUAUUUAAAUGUGCCUGAAACAGACGGUGAUACUACUAGCAUUAACAGCAUGCUGAGUGUAUAUAGUGAAACUGGUGACUAUGGCAACGUGAAGGUCAGCGGCGAAAUCCUUCUGAACAUCAACUACAGCUACAAAACAGGUGCUCUCAACAUCCUGAUAAAAAGUUGCAGAAACCUGGCUGUUGCAGAUGAGAAGAAACAAAGGACUGAUCCAUAUGUCAAAUCAUACCUUCUGCCUGAUAAGUCCCGCCAAAGUAAACGGAAGACCAAAAUUAAAACUAACAGCACCGAUCCAGAUUUUAAUGAAACGCUGAAGUAUGUCAUCAGUCACACGCAGCUAGAAACCAGGACCCUGCAGCUUUCUGUCUGGCACUAUGACAGAUUUGGACACAACAGCUUCCUUGGGGAGGUGGAAAUACCAUUAGAUUCCUGGAACUUUGAAAAUCAGGGCGAUGAGUGGUUUUUGCUCCAGCCCAAGGUGGAGGUUGCAACAGAUGUUGGGCUUCAAUAUAAAGGAGAACUGACAGUUGUUUUACGUUACAUUCCCCCAGACAGAAACCUAAUGCUUCCCCUAGGGCAGUUUCAAGGAAAGAAGAGCUUUAAAAAAGGAAAAAAGGGAGACUCUCACAUGCCAUCUGGAGGUAUAUUAGAAGUCCUCAUCAAAGAAGCAAAGAAUUUAACAGCAGUGAAAUCAGGAGGCACGUCUGACACUUUUGUGAAAGGAUACCUACUCCCAGAUGACAGCAAAACUACAAAACACAAAACUCCCAUAAUAAAAAAGAGUGUGAACCCCCAGUGGAAUCAUACCUUUGCCUUCAGUGGCUUGAAUUCAAGGGAUAUACGUAACGUCUGCCUAGAAUUGACUGUGUGGGACAAGGAGUCGCUCUCCAGUAAUAUUUUUCUGGGAGGUGUCCGUUUGAGCACUGGAAAUGGUGUAAGUAAUGGCAAGGAGGUUGACUGGAUGGACUCUCAAGGGGAAGAGCAGCACCUCUGGCAGCAGAUGAUUGACAGCCCUGGAGCUCCUGUGGAGGGGAUAUUAAUGCUGAGAUCCAGCAUGGGAAAACGCAGGCUCUGAAAGACUUUAACUACUGAGGGGGGUACCACAGGUACUCCUGACUUCAAUGGUGUUUUGACUCUUGACACUUUGCCCAUUUGAAAGUGGGGAAGGAUUGUACUCUUUGCCUUGGAUGUUAAGGUUUUGAGUGAGAUUUUAAUGCAUUCUGCACUUUCAUGCACACAUUUUUAAUCCAGGCUCCUUGUAUGGAUUAUGUUUCUCCUGGAGCCAGUGAGAAAUUGACCUUGCUCAGAGAUCGGACUGGCUUUCUCUGUCCCUUCUGGUGACUGGUGUGCAGCCAAUGAACGCCUCUGUCUGUGGGGGGUACAGAGUGAUCAAAUUCUCUAGUUAGUGAUUUAGUAAGUAAUGUCUGGUUUACAUAUCUCCUUCUGGGUCAAAGAUGGCCUAGAGGACAGCAGUGAUACAGUACAAGCAGAGUCAGAGAGAGUUUCUGCUUUGGUAUUUGAAAGAUAAAAAGCCAUAAUGUUAUGAAGGGUAACAAGCAACAUUUCUUUAUCAUGUUUGCUCGCUGGGCUGUGCAGCAUGCAGGAUGGCAGGCUUGGGACCAAACAGCCCCCCGAGGAAGGCCAAUGCACUGUGGUGCACACUAGAAAUAGGCAGCAGGUGAGCUGGGGUACAGUGCUGGCGUUCUGGAAAUCUCUGGGUUAUUUUAAUGCACUGUAUAAAAGGCAGACUUGGUUCAAUGUAAUCAAAGAGCCUCUAAUGAAAAUAAAUCAUAACAAAUCCCCAAACAUUUACCACAACUACAUGGUAUGACUGGGUUUUUCAUUCAGUUGACAGCUCUAGCCAAGAUCUUCUGAUGUCAUUGAACAUAGGCAAUAUGUUCACAUGCCUGUCACCACUUGAUGAGUCGCUGAGAUGAGACACAUACUGGGUUCGGACACAGUUAGCUAAGACCCUGAUUCAACAGAUCGUGUAGUGAAGUGAUGUGAUCAAAGCACAUGCCAGAAUGACUUGCAUGACUCUGGAAUUUUCUCUGAAUGGGCUGGGAUCCCAUACAGGCAUCCCCACACACGUUAAUUAAUAACCAGAGUGGAACUUUUUCUCUCCUGAACAUUCACCUGGGAGUUAACAGUGAAUUUAAUGAUAAGAGUGGGUUUUGGCCAAUUCAGUCUUUAAUCUUAUUAACCGUGAAAAUUAUUCAACAGUAACUUUGCCAUUUGGUUUUCUAAAGUGAUUUUACACCUACUUAGAUCCCCCAUCCUUUGGGGACUUAGGCAGGUCAUGUGUGAAGAGCAUGCUGUUUUGAGUAGCGAUGGGUUACUCCUACCAUGAGACAGGAUUAUAGUGUUUUUUCAAGGACAGCACAUGCCUGCUUGCAACAUCGAAUAACAUAAUUGCCUGGCUUGUGAUCGUUCAGGGUAUAAGACAAAGGAAGAUCAAUAAACUGAGUGAACAAUGUUUCUUCUGAAUUUUCCAGAAUUAGAACACAGCUUCCUAUUUGAACUGGUAAAUUUGUCUGUAGCUAUUCUUACAAUUUUAUUUUUUUCCCCAAAUGUUUUAUUUUUGGAAGCAAUAUAGUAUUAGUACUAAGGAAACAAACUGAAAUAUAUGGAAACAUAAUCGCAUAAAGUACUAGAAAAUAACAGACUUUCAAAGAAUGUAUCAUUCCCUUUAGAUCAAAACACUAUAUUAUUCAAAGACUUCGGUGAAGAAUGAAGACCAUAAAAUCUAGCUUGUUUGAGAGAUACAAAUGUUGUUCUUCACAAUCCAGAAAUUACAAGAAAUCUAGAUUGAACAACAGAAUGUGAACUCAUAGCUAAGUAACUAUAGCUGGACAUGUUGACAUCUCUAGCUGUCUUAGUGUACAACUAUGUACAUGUAUUUAGAGCUGAAUCAAAAAGCUGAAAAUUUAAUGUCCCCUUUUUUUUUUAAGUUAUUUUAUACUGGUUUUGGCUUGAGUGGCUUGAAACAGUGGGGAAGUUUACAAACAGUCUUUUAAAAAUCUAAUAUUAUUAGAUAAAAACUUUUUGUUAAAAAUAGUGUCUUACUUUUAAUAAACUAGUUUGUUUCAUUAUGAAUAUUUUCUAUUAAAAUUCUGAAAUGACUUUGAAAAGUCAUUGGAGAUACUGCUUGCCCAGUUUGAGACCCACAAUUUUCAGAAAUUACUGAGUCAUCCUUGAAAAUAAAAUUCCAUUAGAGAAUCUCAGUUUGGCAACCAAAAGUCAGUAGUUGCUCAAGAAAACUGACUUCAUUUUUCUUCUUUAUCUAGUCUUCAUUUUCUUCUGAAGUCCUGCUCAGAUUGGGCAGUGAAGCAAGUCUAGUCUAGUUUUAGCUGGCUUUUCAUUUUGUGCUGCAGAUGCUUCGAGCUGAUAAAUUAGAGCACAAAUGUGAAACACAUUUUAUGGCCUUUUUCUUAUCAUGAUAGUCUUUAAGUAUUAGAUUUUUUUUUUUUUUUUUGGUAUCAGCAUCCCCUAAUGUGAAACCAAACCUAAGUUUUAGUAUCUAAACUACCUCUCUCUUUAACAGAAUCAGUCUAAGUUGUCUUGGUUGUUUGUACUGCAAGCCUGCAUUUGUUUUGGAAAUAAUAAUAUAUUGACAUGGAGACUUCAAGCUUGAUUUUUUUUUUUUUUUUUUUUUUUUUUUUUUUUACUUCCUGGAAGUUGAUUCAAAAAGAUAAAGCUUGUUAAAUCUGAAGAAAAUGAUUCUUCAAGGUAAAAUUUCAGCUACAGUUGUAGAGAAACACUGGGCAGUUGGAUGGUUUGGUUUUGUUUCAUUUUGAUGGUGAAAAUGGGAAAACUAAUAAAAACACAAAAUAUCCUCCCAAAAUGGUCACCUUUUUCUCUUGCCAAAUUGAAAAACUUGAAAUAAUUUUGAACUGAACUAAACCUUUUACUUUUACAUAGAGUACAAGAGUUUGCCUAAUUUUUGAAUGGUAUUUUCUAACCUUCUAAGUGUGAACAUUUUAGCUAAAGCAAGUCUUGCUUUGAAAGGAAAAAGUCUGUGCUUCACUACUUCAGCUUCUGCCCAUUCUGAUCCUGUGAUAGAGUUUAUGAUGAAUGGAUUCACCUGGGAGAUGUCAGCCAGCUCAUACACGGGCUUUAAGUUCUGCCUUUUCCUUCCAAAGGGUCAAAAUUUCACUCUGAGCCUGCACGUGAAAUUACAGACUGGCCUAUGAAUAGACUGUAUGUGUCAACUGCAGUUCAGCAUAUGAAUGGGAUAAUUUCACCUGGGAAGUAAUUUUGGCCAAGGCAGUGGUGUUUGCCAUUGGUAGGAUUUGCAGUAGUACAGUGAGAUUACCUCCAAGGCUAGCAGUGACUAUUCUGCAUUAUGGUAGCAUAUAAUAGGUAUCACACUGCCUCAAAUGAGCCUUGGAGAGAUGAUGAGUAUCAUAUAAACACUAAAGCAAUUUGGAAAGAUUUGCUGUUCUAUACUGUUAUUGGCACAUUUGUAGGAAGCAUCUGAUUUGUGGAAAAUGUCACAUUUAAUUAUAUCUCUUAUCUUUGUUCUAUUCCUUUACAAAAAAAUGAUUUAUGGUUUGGAAAAAGCACAAGAUGAUUAACUGCAGAUGUGAUUUCUUGUUUCCCAGAUGUUUGAAUUAAUUGCCUAUAAUUGUGUGUCAUCAUGUACUGUGUGUUACCAGGCUGAACAAAAAGACAGCCAGGAAUUAUGCUAAAGCCUUCCUUUUGUAUGUAUGUUUAUGGUAUUGAAGAUGCCUGAAUGGCUUAUUCAAGGCUAAUUUUUAGGAGAAAAUAGCCACAAUUUUAACAUUGAUUCAUAAACUUCUGCCCUGAGUAAACAGACACAGCAGAGCUGAUGUUUCUAAAGUCUUUUCCCACACAAACUUGAAUAACUGAAGAUGUAUCAGUGGCGAAGAAAUCUUCUCUAUAGUGGUUUUUGAAAAUGUGUUACACAGUACAUUUUACUCUGAUGUAUAUUAUUCUAGCAAGGUAACUACAGGGCUUUCAUCACGGUCUCUUCCCCCUUGUGAUUAGAUUUUGAAGGUUUGACCCAUUAAAGAAUAAUAAAAGUUCAGCUUUCACUGUAAAACGCCAAGUGAGCCCAGUAAAUAGAUCUUUAGACAGUGUGGUUAUUGCCAGUAUCCAUCAAACAGAGCUGAUGCUCAGGGCUCUCCAAGCCCUGCCAUCAGACUUUGAUGUCCAGCCCUGUUCUCUGGAAGUCUCUCUGCUCAGUUUAUCAGCUCUGUAUGCAAUUUAUGCUUCUAAAUGUUGAUGCUCUUGCUUGCAUGCUUAGAUGCCAAAAGCAGGCUAAAAUAGGUUUGAAAUGGCCUCCAGAUCUCCUCCACCUCCACUGUGUUACGUCUGAGCGAGUGUGGGAGGAAAGCUGCAAAGACUCUGAAGGACACUGUUGCCAUCUUCCUGUGCUAAUCCAAGUGCCAUUGCCUCCCCUGAAUGCCUUUUAGAUGCCACAUUUUGAUCCUUCUUUCCCAGCUGGAUGCUUUAGCAGAUGGUUUAAGAGAAGAAGGCAUUGGGAUGGUAAGUAUGUUUUGAUCAUGGUGCAUUAGACUGGAAACUUACUCUGCUGUGCUUCUAACAAUGCAGAUUAUGCUAAGGUAGCAUGAAAGAAGCAUUUUUAUGUAUUAAAUUUUUGUUUUUAUUUUUCUGCCUGAUUAGGCCCCGACAAGUGCAAUUAUUCUAAAUUGUAUUCUGCAAAAUAUCAACUAUACUCAACAGCAGAGCAGCCAUUGGGUAUCCACUGGUGCAAAUUUAUAAGGAGAGGUAACAGGAGGUUUACAUUUAGACUGGCAUAAUUUUCGCUUCUGAAGGGGUAUGCAUGUUGCCCAGCUUCAGGCACAUAGGGUUUGUGGUUUGCUCUGUGGUGAAGAGAAGGGCUGCUUGGAUCUCCUUGACUUUCAGAAAAGAGCUCUGAGUCCUAUUUACACAGCUGCCUAGUUGGUGGAUUCACACAAGAUAGUAAGGAUUGUACCUGAAUCUUUUCAAAAGUCUCUCUUCACUUCAUCCCUCCCUUCAGUUCAGCAACCCUCACCAGAACGUUCUACCUGAACGUUAAUCUCCAGUAUCUGGAAGGAGGCAACAUGCAGCAGUUAAGUGAUAGCCCUACUUAUUUUCAUCCAUACAAGGUAAAAACUGAAAUUAUACUUCCCUAAUGUACAGUAUUGAUUUUCAGCACUUUGCACCAAUGACAGAAAUAACCAUCUCCUGAGAGCUGGUCCAUGCACUUUGUAAACUUUUUUUUUUUUAAAUAGUUUUUUAAAAAUGAUUAUUUAUGUAUUUUUACACACAGUGUUAACAUUUGGGAGCUCUAGAUAAAUGGUGGUACAGCAUAUGAUGAAUUCCAAAAUAGGAUGCAGACUUUUAUUUGCAGUGAUGUCUUUCAGCAUAACUCAGCAGGAGAUGCCGAGAAGCACGCUAGCAGAACCUUACCACUGUGUCCCAUGAAUUUCUUGCCUGGUGAUUUCAUGUUUGCAAAUGCUGUUUGAUAAGUGCUAAUAAGACAGUGUUAAUGAUACCGUGUAUAUUGACACACUGGAAAGUGAUUCUCAACUUGCUGUCUAGGUGUUUUUUAGGUUGUUUUGAAACUUGCUGCAUCUUGGCUCUUUAUUUAGAUUAGUUAUUUCAGCAAUUCUGCUUUAUGGCAAUAACAUCUAUAUGGCUGUGUGUUACUGCUCCUGAGACCUUGGUGUAUAUUUUUGAGGGUAGUUCUACUGUUGAGGUGUCCCUAAAGCCAAGUGUAGUCAUUUGUUGCAGCAAUUAGAGAAUGUCACAUAUCCCUUGUUCUGUCUUUGUUCUGCUUAAAAUCUGUUGCUAGCUGUUGGUUUAAUUAUUCUGUUGGACAUGAACAGUAGUAGCAGUAAAUGGCAUUGCAUUAUGUUAAGUUCUGCCCAAAUUUAGACAAAACAAAAUGUUUCCUGCCCAGAACAUUUUUGUACUAUGCACUCUAUGUUCAGUUUUGUGGACAAAGGUAACUGGUAAUACAUUUGCAGCUGUUGUCAGGAUUAUUGUUCUAUCUUUUAAAAUUAAAAUAGUGAAACAUGU